CCGUCCCGUCCCGUGAAAGGGAGUUGGAAGAAGCAAACAGCGUGUGUUCUGUUUUCUGUAUCUUCGAAAUCCAGAAGCCAUUAAUGCACCUUCUUAAUCUUCACCGUACGGAUCCCUCAGUAGUUCUUCACAUCAGAAGCCAUUAACGCUCGCUCUCUCUCGACUCUCACUCCUCCAUUUUGGCAGUAACCCACUUCAUUUCUCAUCUUCCAACCCCACAAUUUCUCCUCUGAAUCGUCUCCUUCCUCACCCUCCAGUAGGGUUUACUGCUCCUGCUCCGCCUCGAUCCCUCGGUUCUGAUCUGCUCGAAUUUUGUUUUUAUUUGCGUUUCCCACUUGGAUCACUUUUGCAUCACAUGAGCUGUCCUGCAUGGAUGUACGGUACAGCAGGCACUGCAUCUGUCGGGUUAACGUAUAAACCCCAUGUUUAGCUAUAGCUUUAGAAGAUGAAUUCGACUGCUGGGUUUAGAUAGAAGGAAAGGAUAAGUCUAUUUGAAAGUAUUAUCAUGCGUCUAUCUUCAGAUCAUAGACAGAGGUGUUGAAGAUAGUUUAGAGCUGGAACUCACCUGUUAGAUUAGCCAGCGAAAGUUUUAAUUCGCCAAAAUGAUCAACAGACCACUUGUGCUGACUUACCUGUAUCUUUUCAUCUACAUUUUGCUAUCAUCUGGAGUUAUUUUGUACAACAAGUGGGUACUCUCCCCAAAAUACUUCAAUUUUCCUUUGCCUAUUACACUUACAAUGAUUCAUAUGGGGUUUUCUGGCCUUGUUGCAUUCUUUCUUGUACGUGUAUUCAAGGUUGUAUCUCCAGUCAAAAUGACUUUUGAAAUAUACGCAACGUGUGUCAUUCCCAUAAGUGCCUUUUUUGCAUCAAGUCUUUGGUUUGGUAACACUGCGUACUUACACAUAUCUGUGGCCUUCAUUCAGAUGCUUAAGGCUUUAAUGCCAGUAGCCACAUUUUUAAUGGCUGUUGUGUGUGGUACCGACAAGUUAAGGUGUGAUGUUUUCUUCAAUAUGGUGCUGGUCAGUGUUGGAGUUGUCAUUUCCUCGUAUGGGGAGAUCCAUUUUAAUGUAGUAGGUACAGUUUACCAGGUCACGGGUAUCUUUGCAGAAGCUCUCAGGCUGGUCUUGACGCAGGUCCUUCUACAAAAGAAGGGCUUGACUCUAAAUCCUAUCACCAGCUUAUAUUACAUUGCUCCAUGCAGUUUUGUUUUCCUCUUUGUUCCUUGGUACUUAUUGGAGAAACCGGAAAUGCAAGUUACUCAAAUUCAGUUCAACUUCUGGAUCUUUUUUUCGAAUGCACUUUGUGCCUUGGCGUUGAACUUCUCUAUUUUCUUAGUAAUUGGAAGAACUGGAGCAGUUACUAUUCGAGUUGCCGGUGUUCUCAAAGACUGGAUACUUAUAGCCCUUUCAACUGUUAUAUUUCCUGAGUCUACGAUUACAGGGUUGAAUAUCAUUGGCUAUGCAAUUGCAUUGUGUGGCGUCCUCAUGUAUAAUUACCUGAAGGUCAAGGAGGUUCGUGCAUCUCAACUGUCUUCUGAAAGCAUUCCAGAGAGAAUUGUAAAGGACUGGAAGUUAGAGAAGAAGUCGUCUGAUAUAUUCACGCCAAGUAGCAACAAUGGCAAUGGUGGAAAUGGGUCAUCGGAUAUGAAUGUCAAUGAAGAAGCACCUUUACUUGCAUCAUCGAGGUUGUCGCAUGUCGGUCGCAUGCAGGUCGGUAACCACAAUCAGUAGUGAUAUAUAAAUAUGAAUAUAUGAAUCGCUAGGAAGGAAAAAGAAGAAGAGAGAGAUAGGAAAACAUUCAAUGCAAGUUGUUUUCAGCACAUGAGAUGUGAUGAAAUGUUUUUGUGAGUUUUAGAAGGCAAUUGCAAAUCCCCAUUUGAUUUUGUCUUCUGCAUGGAAUAGAGAGAGCCUGCCCUUGAUUUGAAUGGAAUACUAUUAGAACAAUUCUUUUAACCAAGUCAUGUAAUUGUAUUCUUUUGAUGAGCCAGACCUUCCUUUUAGGGGCAGUAAGUAAAACUUUUCUUUGCAGUCUUU